AUGGCUCUCUUUCUAAAGAAUAAUCAUCUUGCCCGGCACUUCAACCCUCGACUGGCAGGGGCUGUCGGGCUGAUCAGUCUCUCAACGCUGAAUUAUGGAUUCGACAACCAGGGCAUAGCAACAAGCCAAGCGAUGGAGUCCUACAAGAGACAAUUCGGAGUGUAUAGCCCGGAAACAGAUACAUGGGCCAUCCCGACGUACUGGACGUCUCUCUUGAACAGCCUGAACUUCAUCGGCUUCGCAGCUGGAUUGUAUAUCGGCAGUCUGGUCAGUGCCCGCUACGGCCGGCGCAUGGCAAUGUUCACCAUGUCGAUCUGGGCAAUGAUGUCUGCCACUGUGCUCAUAAGCUCCGUGCGCAUCGAACAGGUUCUCGCCGGCCGCAUUCUGAACUACGCCUACGUCGGCAUGGAACUCGCGACAUGCCCCCCCUUCCAGGCCGAGAUCAUCCCGGCUCCUAUCCGCGGUUUCGCGGUGGGCACGUACCAGGCUAGUCUGCUGGUCGGUGGAAUCAUCAUAAAUACCGUGUGUCUGGGGACGAGUGAUUUGUCUAGCAAUGCCGCCUGGAGAAUUCCCCAGGGUUUAUUCUAUGUCGUCCCUACUAUCGUUGCCUCCUGCGUUUGGUUUAUCCCCGAGUCACCGCGCUGGCUUUUGCUGAAUGACCGUCCUGAGGAAGCAUUGGCGUCGCUGCGACAGCUGCGAGGACAGGCAGGGUCAGGAACAGGAACAGCUUCGAGUGGUGGUCAUCUCACGCCAGAGGAAGAGCUGGCACGUCUGCGGACAUCCCUAGCCCACGAGCAGAAUCAAGGCACAUACAGCGAUCUAUUCCGCGGCAGCAAUCUCCGACGCACGCUCAUCGCCCUCGGAAUGAACUUCUUCAUCCAAGCAACCGGGUCUCCAUUCACCGCCGCAUACGGGACACUCUUCGUGCAGUCGCUGAACUCAAUCAACCCGUUCCAAUUCUCCCUGAUGAGCUCGUGCAUCAACACCAUCUCCUGCCUAGCGGCCAUCUAUAUCACCGACAAGGUUGGGCGUCGGCCGUUGCUGAUGCUGGGCUCUGUCUUGCAGGUGGUUUGGCUGUUUGUCAUGGGUGGUGUCGGGACCGUGACAUCGCCAACGACGGCGCAGAAGCAGGCGAUUGUUGCGGCGACGGCCUUGUCUUCGGCGAGUCUGUGUUUUAGCUGGGAUCCUAUUAACUAUAUUGUCACGACGGAAUUGCCGGCGACUCGUCUGCGUGAUAAGACGCAGCGGGUUGCGUCGCUAGUGAAUAUUCUGACCAAUUUCAUCUUCUCGUUUACAACACCGUACCUCCUCAACGCGCCCUACGCCAAUCUGCACUCGAAGGUCGGCUUUAUUUUCGGGUCGAUUGCGUGCUGUUCGUUUGUGUUUGCCUAUUUCUGUGUACCGGAAAUGAAAGGUCGCUCGCUAGAGGAAAUCAACAAGAUGUUCCAGGACGGGGUUGCGAUAAGGGAUUUUGACAAAUACCGCUGUGAUGUGGUGGACGAGGUAGAGCCAGGGAAGGGACACGAAGGUAUCAAUAAUAUAUAG